GUCUGGUCCGCAGGAAAACUUGCGGAUUCUUCAAAGCUAUGAGGCCGAAUAUGCAAGACGCGUAGCGUUUUCAGAAGAGGGCUUCAGGGACCCGAAAGUCCUUUCGGGCGCCCUAGACCUUGCAGUUGCUUAUUUGAAAAAUUAUGCUGUCGACAAAGCUGACGCUCUGUAUGCUGCCACAGAGCCGUAUUGUAUGGAGCGCGGGCUUCCAUGGGAUGUGAAAUGGCUCCAGGAUUGCGCAACACUGAGAUGCAAGCAGCAGAGGCAGCCCGAGGCAGCAGUUCUUCUGGAAGAGGUGGCGAAGCGAACGCCACCACAUCCCGCAACUCUCAACAACCUGGGAACUGUGUACAACAUGAUGCGCGACCAUGAGAAGGCGCAAGAGUAUUUCCUAGCCGCCCAGCAGGUUGCUGGCCAUGAGGAACCUGACAAGGACGACCUGUGGAACAUGGGCAUUGCCAAAAAGCAUCUGGGCCAGUACGAAGAGGCCUUGCCGAUGUUGCUCAAGGCGUUGGAAGGUUGGAAAACGGAGGAACCUGAUGACGAUGUGACCAUCGCAAAGCUGCAUGACACCGUGGGCAGCUGUUUUGAUUUGAUGGGCCGCCAUGAAGAAGCAGUUGAGCAGUUUGCCUCAGCUCGCCUGCUGUUUGGACGCAGCAUUGGAGCAGACAGCCCACUGUAUGGCAGCGCUUGUGAGGGCUUGACCAAGGCGCUGCUCCAUGCCGGUCGAUAUGCUGAAGCAUUUGAUAGAUUGGAGGAAACCUUCCUCAACCACGCUCAGAAGGAUGCAAUCCAUCCCACGCCCGUUUUCGAGCUUUUGGGGCUCGCUCUCGAAGAAUUUGUAGACCGAGGCGGCGUUGAUCCUUUGGAGCUUGUACGCCUCGAAGCCCCGAUGGAGAUAGCUGUCAAGAAUAUGGUCUAUAGAGGCCUUGACAAAGAUGGCAAUGCUGGAGUGGUUUUCGAAAGAAUGGCACAAGUUCUUCUGCGUUGCAGCAUGGCUCAGGGAGAUGAGGCUCGGCAGCGGAGCGCAGCACGGCGCAGGGAGCUGGCCAGAAGCCUUCUAGGCCGGGCCGUGCCCCUCGUGGAAGAAACUACACGGUCAGGAGAAGCCGACCUGUCCCACAUCAGUGCUUUGAUCACUAUGGAGCUCCAGGUGUUGGAUGCUCAGGAGCACGGCAUCUCUCCUGAGACCCCCAUCAGUUCUCUCGUCCCUGAGUGGCCAGAAGAUCUGCCUGGGGACAUGCCAGGUGCCAGUGCUGAACCACUUCGACUUAGGCAUUGCUUCACGCACACCGGCGGCUUCUCGAAUGCUUUGCCGACAGUCCACCCUGUGCACUCGUUGCGUCCUGCUGAGCUCCGCAGACUUCGGAAGCGCCAGAGUGAAGCAGCGAAGCCGCCUUUUAACUUGAAAGAGCUGGCUGGAUACCCAGUGCACAGGGUGAAGGUGAACACGUUGAUUCAUACUGGAAGACGGGGGCCCGCUGGAAUCUCCGAAGAUGUAACCGCCAUCGUGGUCAAUCGACAAGAGAAACUCUUGUGGAAGAGCCAUGGCCGGCAGGUGGCGUGGGCAGCCGGCUGGUUGCAAGAAUGGUGGAGGUACAUGCAGAAGCAUAUCUGCGAGCCUGCUGGAAUGACGGACACCGGGUUCUUCAUUGACGAGUCGCUGGCAGCAGACUGUGUUUCAACAGACUACCAUCCCUGGGUUCUUCCAGCUGUGGCUGACGGUCUUUUUGGAUACUGGGACCGCUGGAGGCUUCGGUGCCGCUCCAUUUACGCAAGGUUGUGUGGUUGUGCAUUCAUCGAUGAUUUGAAACCAGCUGGGACCGGAGUGAUAUCCCCGAUGAAGCUGUGGAAUAGGUCUUCGAAGCUGUACCAUCCCGAUGCAGGGCUUGUUGGGACGGGCUCUGACUUUGUGCGUUUCUUGGAGGUUCUGACCAGAGAUGCUUCUCAGGAGCCCGUGCUCAGCCCGUUCGUCUUGGAAGCCUUGGCUUCUCCCGUGACGGAGGAGCUCCAGGCACCGUUUGCGCUGGAUUCUGUCAGUGUGGGAAGGUUGUUUCCUGUUCGUGGCGAUCGGCUGCCGAGGCAGAAGCUGCUUCGACCUUUCAACAGUUUUCCCGGACAGAGAUUCUCGCUCGGAGCGUCCGUGAUCUGCGAGCCGAAGAAAGUCCGAGUGCCGCGGGCUGCGCGGCCCGCUGCGGAGAUGCUCGAAGUGGACUCCCACAGAAAAGCCACGUCUCAUUGCGAGGACCUACCCGUGUGCCUCCAUUCUGCGGCGAAUCUCACCUUCCGCUCUUUGAGCGUCUUUCAGAGCUGGCUUGGAUAUGGCUUUGCUCAGGAUUUGGCACGCCCAGAACUCGACAGCGUCCGGCAGGCUGGACUGCCAUUGUUCCGGAGGCUCGUCCUUAAGGAGAAGUUUGGAUCGGAGGAAGUACUGGACUUCCUCAGGCAGAAAUCUGAUGUGUACCAGAUGACAGUGAAGCUCGAGCGCUUGCACAGAGUGGUCAAAGACGAGCAUGACAAACGGCGGCAAAAGGCAGAGACAUGUGGGAUGAACCUGCGAAGGAAAGCAGAUCUGGCAGCGAUAAAGGCCGAAAGUGCCUUGGCGGACUCCCUUGCCAUUGCCGAUGGCUGUACGGCCGAAGAACAAGCUGCUGGGCCACCCAAGCUCGACGGAGAAGACGUUCUCGACCAAGAUGCCGCGGCCGAAGCCGGACUCGUUCAGGAAGAGGUGCACAGACUGCUGAACGUGCCAGCAGAUAGCCUUUAUUCCAACUGCAACAUGUGCAGAGGUCAGUAUUUGGAGCACCAUCACUUUUAUCAUCAGCUAUGUCCUCGGUGUGCCGAGCAUAACUGGCAAAAGCGCCAGCAAAUGGCUGACAUGCGCGGUAUGAUUUGUGUGGUCACAGGUGGACGUGUGCGCAUCGGCUUUCAAAUAGUCUUGAAGCUCUUACGUGCGGGUGCAUUUGUGCUUACCACCUCUCGAUUUCCAUGCGAUUGCGCUUUGCGCUACUCCAAGGAGCCAGACUAUCACGAAUGGCGGGAGCGCUUGGAGGUCUGUGGGCCCCUGGAACUCUGCGAUCUGCGGCUCGUCGAGCGAUUCUGCCAGCAGCUCCUGCGCCGCUUCCCACGCAUCCACGUCCUCAUCAACAAUGCAGCGCAGACCUUGACUCGACGGGACGGGUGGAAUGCUCGAAUGGCCGACUUGGAGGGCAAAGCUGCUGCAAGCUUGCACGGUUCGGCACUCGCAAUCCGACAACCGGCGAAAUUGGAUGAGAUAGCAUUGCCGUGCUCCCACGGUCAGCGAUCCGAAGUGGUUCCGCUUCCAGAAGCGAAUGCUAUGUGGAAGGAGGCCGCAGCCUUGGAGGAUUUCCCAAAAGGGCAACUCGAUGAGUCCAGACAGCCGCUGGAUCUCUCGGCCCAGAACAGCUGGUCGAGACGACUGGAAGAGGUUGAAACUCUUGAGCUUCUACAGACUCUAGCUGCGAACACCGCAGCCCCAUUCAUACUUUGCAGCAAGCUUGCUGCAGCGCUGGCUCCAAAAGAUGAGUCUGAACCAUACGGGCACAUCGUGAACGUGAGUGCAUUGGAGGGCAAAUUCUCCGUAAAGAACAAAAGUCCGGGGCAUCCACAUACGAACAUGGCGAAAGCUGCUCUGAACAUGAUGACACACACUGCUUGCAAGGACAUGUAUCGACGCCGGAUAUUGAUGAAUUGUGUGGACACGGGCUGGGUGACGGACAUGGCGCCUGGCGGCGUCGGUGCCGUCGCGGCCAGCCAUGAGACCUGGGUUGGGCCACCGCUGGAUGAGGAGGACGGGGCUGCUCGUGUGCUUGAUCCUGUCUUCAGCCAUCUUCUGGAUCCGACAUGGCUGCUGCGUGGGAAGUUCUUCAAGAACUACUAUGUUUGCGGCUGGUGA